CACCGUGUCUGUCUGUCCUGACCAGUGCGUGCACCUUUGUUUUGGGCACUUUUCCUGACGCGCAGAAAGCACAGACGCGUCUCCCGCUGACGCGCGCAGCAGACUGAGCCCGUGUUGAGUCUCUACGGUUCUCACGGCGUGUUUAAGUGCGCGCGUGCUCCCGCACUCUCCACUCUCUCACUGUGUUAGUGACUCUCGAACAAUGGUAGAAGAAGCUCCCGCUCCCGCCCCGGCUCCGGCCAAAGCCGCCAAAAAGAAGGCCACCAAGCCCAAGAAGAGCGGCCCCAGCGUCGGCGAGCUCAUCGUCAAAACCGUGUCCGCCUCCAAGGAGCGCAACGGCGUGUCCCUGCCCGCGCUCAAGAAGGCUCUGUCCGCCGCCGGAUACGAUGCGGAAAAGAACAAGGCCCGGGUCAGGCUCGCCGUCAAGAAGCUGGUGGAGAAGGGCACUCUGGUCCAGAAGAAGGGCUCCUACAAGAUGAGCAAGAAGACCGAGGAGAAGAAGGCCAAGAAGCCCGCCAAGAAAGCCGCUCCUAAAGCCAAGAAGCCCGUCGCCAAGAAACCAGCCACCGCCAAGAAACCCAAGGCGGCCAAGAAGAGCGCCACCCCCAAGAAGGCGGCCAAGAAGUCCCCGAAGAAGGCAGCCAAGCCCGCGGCUAAGAAAGCGGCCAAGAGCCCUAAGAAGCCGGCCAAGAGCCCCAAGAAGGCAGUGAAGAAGGCGCCCGCAGCCAAGAAAGCGGCCCCCAAGAAAGCCGCCAAGCCCAAAGCCAAGAAGGCAGCGGCCCCCAAGAAGAAGUAAAGUCACCGCUCACAAAC